AGUGUUGGUGUGUGGUGAGGUGGAGGCAGUGCGCGCGUCCUCCCUCCCGGCGCCGCAUCACUGGUCCUUUGUUGAUGGGAUGCAUUAUUAAGGAAUACCUCACCCCCGGACCGUCACACGUGAGACCCCGCACCUGCACGCCCCGUCAGCUUCGUCUUUGGUGUUUGUUGACCGUCUCCUGUUUCAAGAUGGCGCUGACGUAGCCAUGGUGACCGCGCCUCGCCUCGCAGGAACAAGUGACGCGCCCGUGACCUCGCGAUGACGUCACUGUUUGGUAGUGACGCGCCUGUGAUGCAGGUGUGGCCCGGGCGGUGGUGGUGCUGGUGAUGGUGAGGGCAGUGAUGGUGGUGGCGACGGUGGUGGUGGCGGCCCGCUCGCUGCUAUAGUGAAGGGUGCAGGAUGUCGUGGCUGGGGGGAGACGACCCAGGAGGCGGAGGGUUCAGGUAUGAUUAUCCUUGGUGGGCGGCGGACGACCGGACAGGGCCUCGCUCCAACCUGACGUGGGAUGAGAAGUGUCGCACCCUGGACUACCAAUACCACGUGGUCACGGCAGUCAUCUCCGGCAUGUUCCUCAUCUUCGGCGUUGUCUACAGCCUCUUCGGCUACCGGUGUUUUAAGGCCGUGAUGUUUCUGACGGGUUUCAUCUUCGCGUCAGUAGUGGUGUAUCUCAUCUGCCUGAGCGAGGACCUGCUGCCGCUUCUGGGUAACGCCGGCGUGGCUCUCGGUGCAGGAGUCAUGUUUGGGCUGAUCACGAUGCUGGUGCAGUACGUCGGCCUCUUCAUGACGGGGCUGCACACUGGCCUCUUCCUUGGGGUGGCUGGCAUUGCAAUUGCCUAUAAAUGGUGGGUGCCCAGCAGUGUGUGGCCUGUGGUGGGCAUACUGCUGGCGUCGGGGUUGCUGCUGGCCAUCCUGACGCUUUACUUCCAAAAGGGCCUCACUAUUCUGGGCACGGCCAUCAGCGGGGGUGCCAUCAUGUCUGCAACGCUUGACUAUUUCAUAGAGAAGUUCUUGAUGGUGCACUGGUUUGGCGACCGGCUCAAGGUAGUGGAGAGCGACCGGCCGUGCUGGUUCUCUUGGAUGAUCUUGGGAGUGUGGCCCUUCAUGGUGGUGGUGGGGAGUCUCACCCAGUGGCGUAUCACAGGCCGGGGCAUCUACCACCAGCAGUUGGUGCCCUCCAAAAAGAACAGAAGUGUCAACCUGCAGCGCCUGAGAAGUCGCGAGGCGCGCGCUGAGCUGCGGCAGAAGAAAUAUCGGUAUUUGUACCAAGUUCGUACAGCACAUGGAGACAUCAUCAGCCAGUUUUGUCAGCAGUCAGUGUUAGCGUACAACCCAAGCCUUAUACGUCAAGCUGAGUCUGGUGUGUGUGUUGGACAGGAGUACAUCCAGAGCCUGCAGCGGAAGGCUUACCCUACUGGGGACAACGGUACCCUCCAGUCUGACUCCACACACACCACCAUGCUGCCUCCAGACCACACCCAGCUGGCGCCACUCACGGAGAGCGAGGAUGAGGCCGGCAGCUCCCAGCCCCCGCCUUCACCCCCUGACGCCCCCAGACUCACCCGCGUCACCAUGCACUAGUGUGUGUGUGUGUGUGUGUGAGUGUGUGUGGCGUAGAAACACUUGUGUUGUGGGUCGUGGUUUGUAUCAUGCCCAGAGUGAGAAAACUGAAGUGACUCAGAUGAUAUCCAGCCAUUGUGUAGAUGUCACUGGACCAGAAAUAUUUAGCUUUGUGAUCCUGAAAGCAGAACAGUGAUAUAACCAGUAGGUAUCUUGUUUUGUGAGCCAUGUGCUUUCUCAAAGAGGAAACUGACUGAUCACAUGUGCUAAUGGAGAUUAAAAAAAAAAAAAAUUGGUGAAAUUUCAGUCCAUUUAAUUGGAGCACAAAUCAGGAGUUACCUUCCUUUGUAGUGGAAAGACAAAGCAUAAACAGAACACUUCAUGAAGUGCUCCUGUCAUCCUGAGACAAAGCAGUGUUCACAGGAAAAGACAUGAGCAGGACGGCAAGUGUUGGCAAGACAGUGAAUGCCAAGACUGGCCAACCUGCAAGACUUGUGUGGUACUGAACUGUGCAGUGAUUGAAGAAAAAACAUUAGAUAUAUAUAAUCAUGAACUAUCAUUGUGAUAUCAUAUAGCAAGCAUGUGUGUGUGUAUGUAAGUGAGAGAGAGAGAGAGAGAGAGAGAGAGAGAGAGAGAGAGAGAGAGAGAGAGAGAGAGAGAGAGAGAGAGAGUGUGUGUCUGUGUGUGUGUGUGUGUGUUUGCCUGUGUGUAUAUGUGCCUGGAUGUGUGUUUAAGAGAAGAGAGAGUGUGUAUGCAUGUGUGGUACAGUGUGCAUAUACAGUACAUCCCUGACUGUAGUUCUGUGUGUGUGUUUUUCCCUCUUGUUGCUAGACUCAAAGUGUAGCUAAAGUCUUUCAACACCUGUAAACUGUCUGUCAGUAGCCCAGAGACCUGUAAACUCUCAGUGUGUUGUCUUUCUUUAGUCCUCAUGCUGCUGGCCCCCUGUUGUCCCAGAGGCAGAUCAAAUGUACCCUCUUGGAUCACACCGCGGUGGCUUGUGAUUUUAUGAAUGGAAAAGUCAGAGUGAUUUCUUAAGAGUCCCAAGGAAGGAUGAGUGUUCUGGCAAUUAUCAUUUCCAGUCCACUGUGUUGUGUAUGGAUGGCCCAGGGCUGGUUGGGGUCUGCUCUCCUUCUGGCUGGGUCUUUGUUGCCAUAACACACUGAAGUGAAUGCGAAAGGUCUUAGUUUUGGAUCACCCGUUUGUACAUCAUUUUGCUGGAUUCCUGCUGAUCCUGAUUUGUGAACGUGGCCUCCAAACCUCAUAUCAUAGGGAGAUGUGUUUAGUCCUUGUAUACCAAUACCAGUACACCACAUGCACUGUUGGAAAAACAAAACUACAAAAAAGAAGAUGUAGUUAUUUAGAAUGUGAUGGUUAGUUAAUGAUGGUUGUUCUUCCUGACAUGAAAUAUUUGGUUCAAAGCAUCCAUAGAGGAGGAAAAUGUUAAAAAUAUUGGUUCGAAGCAUCCAGAGAAGGAAAAUGUUAGAAACCAGGGAUGAUGAGCCCCACAUGGUCCAUCAUCACCAGAAGGGACAGCCUCUGCUCAGCUCGCCACACGUGAAGCCGCUCAAACAAGGUGAAAUUUGCUGGCUGCUCCUCGCUCAACGCUGACAGACAAUGGCAGCAGCACCAGCAGACAGCACAGAUCUGCCAGAAGUCUUUCUGUAAUGAUUUAGCUAGGAUGUGUGUGGAUGAGGGAAGUUGUGCGUCGCUCAGUUCUACUGGCAUUGUGGAUGGCUUUAACCUGCCUUACUGGCCUGGCGUUACAGUGGAUGUUUAUUCAACUUCACGUUACGCUUAUUUAUUUACUUACUCCUGUCCAUGUUGAUUUGUACAUGUUUGCAGUUUCUUUCCCAACGUGGUCUUGGGAGCAAGGUAUUCUUUUCCUUCUUUUUAUCUGUACAUUUUGUCCUGAUUUCUUUCUGGAGUUGAAUAACAUUGUUGUUGAUUAUUUGUUAACUUCACACAUUGCCUAUAGUCAUAUAGAGUGUGAUAUUGAGUCAAAGCAUAACUGUCCUUGUUUACUUCAUGAUCUAAUGAUUAAUUUAAGAAGCAUAUCACUAGGGACAGUGUGUCAUAAGAGGAAGGAUUGUCGGCACUAUGACAGCCCCACGGAGGCACAGAGUCUGGUGCCACGCCUGGCGCCUCGGGGUCUGCCAGCCUUAGUGCCGCACUGUGUGAUAUGGACUGAGCGAGGCAGGUCAGCAGACAUGACUUAGCUCAGCCUCUCUAUAAUGGAAGUGAUGUGAAGCCUGGUGCCCAUGCUGAUAGGUUCAUACAAAGUUAUGCUUUCCCUAUGCAGUCAUCUGUGGUAUGAUGAAAUGAUCUGGAGCUAAUAAGCUGUGUACCUUCAUUCCUUGAUUUGCUAGCUGUGAACACUACAAGGGAAUUAUAUAUCAUUGUAUGAAAUAACUGUAUCUUUGCUGUUAGCAUCCUUCUGAGAGAAGAGUGAGCACAGCAUGGAGACCUUGUUCUUCCACUAUUAACAUCGACUCUUUUGUGAUAAUUAUUCUUGAGUCAGGUUCACAAGGGUUUCAUAAUUUAUUUAAUUUCCUUUGGUUCAUGUUUCAAGCAUCAGGUAAACUGUUACCUUUACCAUGUGUUUUCUGAAUGAGUAUGAUAUUGUGUUGGGAUGAAACUCAUUAUUUCUUGUAAUGCUCAUUAAUUCAGCUUUGGAUGGUCCUGUAGGGUGCAGUAUGUGGUGAUGACACACCCACCUAUCAAGUCCUGGACCCACCCACUGGUUGGAAUGUUUCCUGUCUUCUUGUUACUCUUCACCAAAACAACUUUCACCAAAGAUAUUUUUAUUCCUCUGUGAAGUCUUGUUCUGUAAUUCUAAGAUACUUUUGUCCUGUCAAGACAUGCUGCCCUCAGGGCCAUGCUAAGUAUGUAUUUGGUAUGGCUGAGUUGUUUCAGGUUAAGUUUUCCUGUUUGCUUCUAUAUGAAACUUAUACUGUAAUAAUAAAGGAUGGAUGUUCAUAUAUCACCUAAGACCUUGAUAUGGAAGGUAUCUAGAGCUAGUCUGACCCCAUUUUAAUGCUGUCUAGGUCAGAUCAUGCUUUGUUGUCUCAGUUAGGUUAGGUUAGGCAGUAUUUACACAGAUUCACCUUGGAAUUCAGUCUUCAUGGUUGACAGAAUAGCAGUGAGAAUAUGCAUGUGUUGCAAACUUAGUCUCAGUUAAGUUACCUUUGUAUUACCUCACCACUGCCAUGAGCUGGAAAAGCAUGCACAAGUUAUAUAUUUACUACUUAAUUAUCUCUCAUGUAUCCUGCAGUUGCUGCAUUAAGACCAAAGACCAUCAUUAAUCAUUAAAUAUAUAAUCAACCUUUUACAGUCUGCUCCAGUCAUGCAUUGAGUGACCCAAGAAGCUCACUCCUCUCUUGUUAGUUGCCAACAGUGAGGUGAAGCUGGAGCACUGAGCUGCAGUAGUGGCGGUGGCGUGAGGUGCAGCUUGGCUUGGCUCACUCCCUGUACCUCCCUCCACUCUUUGUGCUCUUGAGGGACAUUUCACUUUAAUAUUUAGUGUCAUACUGUAAAAAGAAAUACUAUACAUUGUCUCAUCCAUCUAAGCUUCAAAGUAUCAGACUCAAAAUACUGAGUUAUUUAUUUUGUACCAGAUAAGUGUGAGAUUCAAUGGAGCUGGUUACUGUCACACUAAGCUGCCUGGGUGCUGGUGGGAGCCAUUUGGAGAGUGACUUUCCCUCCUGGAGUGUGACAUGUUAGGAAUAGGACAGCUUUCAGCCUUUUCCCUGGACCCCUAUAAACUGUAUUCUUAGCUGAAAAGUAUGCAAAGUCUUUGAGCCAUGUUUGCUUUAUUUUGAUUACUUUUGCAUUGUUUUUUAUUAUGGCCCAAGAAAUAUCCCUUAUGGAAUACAACAGUCGAGUUUUGGGGCCACAGUUUGCAUAAGACAAGCCUCACGGAAGGAAUACGAGCGAGAAUCAAGGACUUGCUGCAAGUAGUAGUCCACUCUUCCUGUUGCUUCCCUACUGUCAGCUCAGCAGGCGACUGUGAGGUCUGGUAGAGUUGUCAGGUACAGUACCACCACACCAGUUCAGUGCACACUACAUAGGAUUAAGGGUGCCCUGUCAGUCCCAGGGCAGUGUUUCAAAGAUCAUGAAGGAAAGUCUCAUAUCAGUGUACAGUUCAUCAUCAUACAUGUACUGAUACUAGGCCUAGAAAGCUUGUUUGUGGUUUAGUGCCAAUCUUUGCUUCUUGAAUACCUUAAGGGGAAUGUCUGUCCUCACCUCUAGGCUUGAGCAGCUCGUGUUUCUAGCUGACCUCACAGAAUGGCUGAGCUUCAAUGCUACCCUCAAGCCACUGUACAUAUUCUGGUUACCACCCAGACUGUCUCAGACACUCCAGAAGUUGAGUGAGAAGUUUGUAUAAGGAACACAGUUUUGUAUAACUUGACAAAUUGGUGUGUGUGUGUACAUUAUGUAAUCAUUUCUUACAGGAUAUGUCAUUGCGUCUCUUCAGAAGCAAGUUAUUUGUACUGUAUGGCAUCAUGUUCUCUUUAAAUAAUAACAAUGUUUUAAAUG